AUGACACGCUACCUCAUUCGCGAACUUGCUAUCAAUAGUCAAGCGGGGCGUACGGCCAGCCUGAACCGGUUCGACCCGAAGUACGCGUCGUUCGGGCCGCGCGCGGCGCGCCCCCGCCCGCCCGCGCCGCCGCCCGCGCUCGCCACGUUCUCGCCGCCGCGCGACAAGUACGCCACCGUGCGCCCGCCGCGCCGCGCCGACCCGCAGCCGCUCUCCGCCGCCGCGCUCGACUACCGCAGCCUGCAGCGCCCGCGCCGCGACCGCGACCGCCCCGACCGCCCCGACCGCUCCGACCGCCCCGACCGCCCCGACCGCCCGGACCGCUCCGAGCGCCCCGACCGCCCCGAGCGGCAGGGGAACGCGCGCCGCCCGCGCCCUGAGCGGCACGACGCGAGGGAUCUGUACGCGGUGACGGAGUUGUAG